AUGGACUCAUGGGAUACAUUCAACCCCACCAAACCGACGCACCGAAAGCCCCGCCGUCACUCCACACACUCACACUCCCGUCACUUCUCCACCGAGCUCCUCGACGAGGAAGUUCUCCUCGCCAAAGUCGACCACUUCCUCUCUGAGCUCGAACGUCGCCUCGACUCCCUCGAAGCCUACGGCAAUCUCAAGCUCGACGAGGGUAUCAGCCGCGCCUACACCACGCUCCUCGCCGUGCGCCAUGGCUGCAGCAAGAUCAGCGGCGAGGGCCGUCGCCGUGCCCGCGUCAUCGUAGAAGUCCUCGAGUCCAGCUACCACGACGUCCUCGAAGCAAAGGACACCCUCCCCGCCAAGGUACACGCCGGUGUCCGCUUUCUCGAGGAGCUACUCGGAGACUUUGAGGCCCAGGCACAUGCAGGUGCGGACCGUGUCAUCGACGCUAAGGACAAGCUUGCGGAGAGCAUCGAGCGCGCAAUCAAGGCUGCGAGGGAGCGCCGUCUUAUCACUUAUGAGGAGCUGCCGUUCCCGUGGAGGGUCAACCCAUAUAUCCUGAGAGGCUACCGCUUCACAGAGACAAAGUUGGAGUGCGUCAAGAGCGCGUUUACACUGAGUAACGAGACAUGCAACAUCUGGACCCAUGGGCUGGGUUUUAUGCUUAUUUUGGCGAUUGCCUUUUACUUCUAUCCUACGUCGCAGAUCUUUAGUGACCAUACGACCGCCGAUAAGUUUAUUAACGGGUUGUUCUUCUUGGCGGCGGCAAAGGCACUAGCCUGCUCAACCAUCUGGCAUACGUUCUCGUCAAUUUCGCACCAGACAACGAUGGAGAGGUUUGCGUGUGUGGACUACAGCGGUAUCUCUAUGCUCAUUGCGGCGUCGAUCAUGACGACUGAGUAUACCGCUUUCUAUGUGCACCCUAUCAGCCGUAGCAUCUACAUGGGAAUUACCCUCGUCUUUGGCAUCGCCGGUGUUAUCCUGCCGUGGAACCCGGUGUUCAACAAAGCCGACAUGCGUGUCUGGAGAGUCAUUUUCUACUUGACGCUCGGAGCCACCGGCACAAUCCCGAUGUUCCAGCUGAUUUGGACAAGAGGAAUGAUGUGGACCAUGACCUUCUACCUGCCCAUUGUCAAAUCCAUUGCGGUAUACCUCUCUGGCGCAUUUAUCUACGCCAUGCAAGUCCCUGAGCGCUGGUACCCUGGGUUCUUCGACUGGUUCGGUGGCAGCCACAACAUCUGGCAUGUGUGCGUCCUUGGCGGCAUCCUCUUCCACUGGAACGCCAUGCAGGAGUUCUUCCAGAUUGCAUUUGAGAGUGUUGCACUCGUGCCUGUUUAG